GGCAUUAUUCAUUGCACAAAGGACUAGCUAUGUCUCAUGCGUUUAAGCUCCUGUUGGAAAGUCCUCUUCUUAUUGCUGCCAUUUUCAUCACUGGCAUUGGUGGGACAUUCCAGUAUGGAUUUAAUAUAUCUGUCAUGAACUCACCAUCUUCUUUCAUAAAGGAGCUGGUGAACACCACAUGCCUGCAGCGUUAUGGUAGAUCCCUUGAGCCAUGGGAAGUGACUCUCAUCUGGUCCUUCAUCGUCUCCAUCUUUUCCGUCGGGGGCCUCCUGGGGGCCCUGCUUGCCGGCCGCCUCACCUCAGCGUAUGGGAGAAAGAGUUGUCUGUUAGUCAACAACGUGGUUGCCAUGGUUGCUGCUGUGAUGAUGGUGUUGAGCAAAACAGCCAUGUCCUUUGAGAUGAUUAUGGUUGGACGUCUCAUCUAUGGCAUUAGUGCAGGCGUUGGUCUCAGUGUCCAUGCCAUCUACCUAGUGGAAUGUGCCCCUAAGAGGCUCCGAGGGAUGGUGGGUGUCUCUAUAGCCACGUUUGUGUCCUUGGGGAAGUUCUUUGGUCAGUUCCUGGGCCUUAGUGAGUUGCUGGGCACAGAGGACCUGUGGCCCUGGUUGUUGGGCUUCACUGGUGCAACUGCCCUGCUGCAGCUCUCCACACUGCCCCUACUCCCAGAGUCACCCCGAUACCUACUACUGGAUCGCGGUGACCGCCAGGGCUGUGAGAAUGCCAUUCGCAGGCUUUGGGGCAACAAAGAUCACAGCGCAGAGCUGAAGGAUAUGCUGGUAGAGCACACAUCCAUGAAGGGUGUCCGCAGUCACUCUGUGUUGGAACUGAUCAUGGACCCGGCUGUACGCUGGCAGCUCCUCACUGUCCUGGUCACCUUCACCACACUGCAGUUCUGUGGCAUCAAUGCUGUGUACCUUUACUUGUUUGACGUGUUCCGUACGGCUGGGAUUCCUGCCCACCAGUUGCGCUAUGUGGCCUUGGGAACCGGUCUGUGUGAGGUCUCAACCUCAUUGGCUUGUGUGAUGGUGAUUGAGACCACGGGAAGGAGGCUGCUUCUCUACAGGGGUUACCUGUGCAUGGCCGCCACACUGGCCCUGCUGACCGUUACACUGUACCUGCAGACCCUAUUGUCCUGGAUGCCCUACUGCAGUAUGGUCCUCAUCUUCCUCUUUAUCUUCUUCUUCUCCAGUGGGCCUGCUGGAGUGACAGCACCUCUACCUGGCGAGAUCUUUAACCAGUCAUUCAAAUCAGCAUCCUUCACCAUCGCCUGCACGCUCAACUGGCUGGGCCUCUUCCUGCUAGGGCUACUGUUCCCUCUUAUAGUGGAGAAUUUGGACUACUUCUGUUUCCUGAUUUUCUUUGUGUUCUGUUUCCUGUCUGGGGUGUUUGUUUGGUACCACGUGCCUGAGACCAAGAAUCGCACUGUCAUGGAGAUUACUGCCCAGUUUCAGAUGAUGCAUCCCACGAGGGAAUCCUCAGAGGAGGGGAAGACAAGCUUUGAAUUAAAUCCUAACAAAGCAUGUACAGCCACCAAACUCUAAACAUUUGCCAUAAUUGGCUAAUUGUUUUAUCCUUCCUGUUCAAACAUUGUAUUUAUGGAAGCUCCUAUUUUAUUAAAAUUUGAC